GUUUACUGUUGUUGCUACGUGUAAGGAAAUAGAGAUAGUAAGCUUUCAAAAGAAGUCUCCUUUACGUUGUAGUGUUCGUCGUGUCAUGUAACGUCGGUAGGCCGAGGACUGUUUGACAGGAGACAUUUCAAGAAAUAUCGUUAUUGAGAGGAUCUAGUUCAUCAAACUUGGAAGAUUAAAACCUGCAAAAAUGGGAAUUAAAUUCUUAGAAGUUAUAAAACCUUUCUGCAGUAUACUGCCUGAGAUAGCGAAACCUGAAAGAAAGAUCCAGUUCAGAGAAAAAGUACUAUGGACUGCCAUCACCCUUUUCAUAUUUUUGGUUUGUUGUCAAAUUCCUCUAUUUGGAAUCAUGAGCUCAGACUCGGCGGAUCCCUUUUAUUGGAUUCGUGUGAUCUUGGCGUCCAACAGAGGAACGUUAAUGGAGCUAGGUAUCUCUCCCAUCGUCACGUCAGGUCUCAUCAUGCAGCUACUUGCUGGAGCCAAGAUUAUUGAGGUCGGAGACACGCCUAAAGACAGAGCUUUGUUCAACGGUGCUCAAAAAUUGUUCGGCAUGGUGAUUACGGUAGGUCAGGCUAUCGUUUACGUGAUGACAGGCAUGUACGGAGACCCGUCAGAGAUAGGUGCUGGCGUCUGUUUGCUCAUCAUCAUCCAGCUGUUCGUAGCGGGUCUCAUUGUACUACUGUUGGAUGAACUGCUACAGAAGGGUUACGGUCUCGGCUCUGGUAUCUCACUCUUCAUUGCUACUAAUAUCUGUGAGACCAUCGUCUGGAAGGCUUUCAGUCCUGCCACUGUCAAUACAGGUAGGGGAACAGAGUUUGAGGGAGCCGUUAUUGCGCUGUUCCACCUUCUAGCCACCAGACAGGACAAGGUCAGAGCUCUCCGGGAAGCCUUUUAUCGCCAGAACCUCCCCAAUUUGAUGAAUCUCCUUGCCACCGUUCUUGUCUUUGCGAUAGUCAUUUACUUCCAGGGAUUCCGAGUAGACUUGCCCAUCAAGUCAGCCCGUUACCGAGGGCAGUACAGCAGCUACCCCAUCAAACUGUUCUACACCUCCAAUAUACCCAUCAUCCUGCAGUCUGCUCUGGUCUCCAACUUGUAUGUUAUCUCACAGAUGCUGGCGGUAAAGUUCCAUGGGAACGUGUUUGUGAAUUUGCUGGGCGUGUGGGCGGAUGUCGGUGGUGGCGGUCCAGCCAGAGCCUACCCAGUGGGCGGACUGUGCUACUACCUCUCACCUCCUGAAAACUUGGGCCAUAUUCUGGAGGACCCAGUCCACGCAGUGCUGUACAUUGUGUUCAUGCUGGGAUCCUGUGCUUUCUUCUCCAAGACAUGGAUUGAUGUCUCCGGCUCCUCUGCUAAGGAUGUUGCCAAGCAGUUGAAAGAACAACAAAUGGUGAUGCGGGGUCACAGAGAUAACUCCAUGAUUCAUGAAUUGAACCGUUAUAUUCCUACGGCUGCUGCCUUUGGAGGUCUAUGCAUCGGUGCUUUGUCUGUUCUCGCCGACUUCAUGGGAGCAAUCGGUUCCGGCACUGGAAUCUUGCUGGCAGUCACAAUCAUCUAUCAAUACUUUGAAAUAUUUGUUAAAGAACAGAGUGAAAUGGGAGGCAUGAGUACGCUUCUAUUCUAAGUUGUUUUAAAAACUGUAGGUUUUUUUUAUCGUUACUUUAAUUUAUUUAUGUUGGUUAGUGAUGGAAAAAGACAUUACUUGUCACAUUGACAAAGCGCUUAAUGAAAUCAAUUAUGUAAUUUUGUACUCAAAAUGACACUGGUUUAAGUAGUGUCCUGAAAAAAUACCUCAUAUUUUCAAUGGAAUGGCCAUUGCUUACAAUAAUGUGGACAAAGUCAUAAACAAAGGGGUUUUAUGUGAAUUUACAAUUCCGAUAGAAUCACAAAGUAACGAAAACAAAAUCUUUCUAUGACUGAAUAUUGUACUGAAAACUUUGUAAAAUAAAAAUGCUAAGGUUUUCUAAUUAGUUUUUGUUGGGUGUUUGUUAAACAUAAUAAAAUGUGUAUAUACAACUUGUAAAACUCAUAUACAAUAUUAUUUCUGAGCUUUUAAUUUAUUGAUGAUUGUUGACUAAUGUAAGGUUUCAAUUUGUAUGUAGUAAAUGUUUUUUUCUAGUAAAUACAAUUGUACUACUAAGGUUUAACAUGCCAAUACUAUGUAUUGGUAACUAUUAUAAACAGAAAACAUUAAAGAGUUCUAAUAUAUUGCAGCAAAACAAGAGUACUAUUGUUCACCAGGAGAGCCUGUGUACAUGUGGAGUGAAUGUUGUCAUUGUGUUGAGGGUGCCUCAUCGCGUUCACAAUCAUCCUUUUCAUUCCUCAUUGCAACAAUUGUAUAUUAAUUUUGUACUGUAUAAAAGACACAAUAAAAUGUGUCCAGAAACAAA